UAAAAUACAAUUUUACAGCUUUAUAUUCUGCAAUUUAGUUUUGGGUGCAAGCUUUUGUUCACCAUAUAAUAUGGUUAGCAGCAGCAGCUCCGUAACGGUGGGAUUUGGCCUCUUGUUUUGUAUAGGUUUCUAUAACAUGCAUAUUGAUAUUGCAUGUAGCAGAGGCAAUUCCUUGAACAAAACGUCAUUCUAGUCUCAUACUAAAACACUAUAUAUUACUUUUUCACUCACUCUUUGUUUUCAUCUAACAUCUUCUAUACAUAGUGCUUUGCUUUUAGGAGACACCUCCAUCUCAAGCUGUGUUGAAUAAUUUUAUCCGAGCUUGAUUUGUUGCCAGUGAAUCCCUCAACUGAAUUACAAUGGCUGAGGAAGAUUUUUACACAAAAGAUGGAACAGUAGAUUACCGUGGAAAUCCUGCUAACAAAAAGGAGACUGGAACCUGGAGAGCCUGCCCCUUUAUUUUAGGAAAUGAAUGUUGUGAGAGAUUAGCAUACUAUGGGAUGAGCACAAAUCUUGUGACUUAUUUCACUAAUCAACUAAAUCAGCAUGGCGCUACUGCUUCCAAGAAUAAUGCAAAUUGGGGUGGAACAUGCUACAUCACUCCAUUGAUUGGAGCAUUUGUGGCUGAUGCCUAUCUCGGAAGAUAUAAGACCAUUCUUUGUUUUUCAAUAGUUUAUGUUAUUGGAAUGACACUCUUGACAUUGUCUGCAUCAGUUCCUGGCCUAAAACCAACCUGUGAUCCAGAAGGCAAUUGCCAUGCUACUCAGGGACAGAGUGCAGCGUGCUUUGUGGCCCUUUACCUUAUAGCCCUUGGCACUGGUGGGAUCAAGCCUUGUGUUUCAUCAUUUGGUGCAGACCAAUUUGAUGAUGCUGAUGAAGCUGAGAAGGAGCACAAGAGUUCUUUCUUCAACUGGUUCUAUUUGUCAAUAAAUAUUGGUGCUCUUGUUGCUGCUUCUUUGUUGGUGUGGGUACAAACUAGUGUUAGUUGGGGUUUGGGAUUUGGCAUUCCAGCAGUGGCCAUGGCAAUUGCUGUGGUGAGUUUCUUCUCAGGUACAAAAUUGUAUCGAAAUCAGAAACCAGGAGGAAGCCCCCUCACUCGCAUUUGUCAGGUUAUAGUGGCAUCCAUUAGAAAGUUUGAUGUUGAAGUUCCUAAUGAUAAGUCUGCCUUAUAUGAGAUAGAAGAAGACUCAGAGUCAGCUAUCCAAGGAAGCCGCAAACUUGACCAUUCAAAUGGAUUAAGAUUCUUUGACAAAGCAGCAGUGCUAGAAAAUUCAGAUAAUGUGAAGGACCCGGUAAACCCAUGGAGGGUUUGCACUGUGACUCAAGUGGAAGAGCUGAAAGCUAUUAUAAGAUUGCUUCCUAUAUGGGUCACUGGCAUCAUAUUUUCUACUGUUUAUAGUCAAAUGGGAAGCUACUUUAUACUGCAAGGGAAAACCAUGGAUAACCAUGUCCAUGUGGGCAACAAAAUUUUAAAUAUCUCACCAGCUACUCUUUCUGUCUUUGAUACCAUUAGUGUCAUCUUUUGGAUCCCAGUGUAUGACAGGAUCAUUGUGCCAAUAGCAAGAAGGUUCAGUGGCCGCAAAAAUGGCCUAACUCAGCUCCAAAGAAUGGGAAUUGGCCUUUUCAUAUCCAUAUUUUCUAUGGUGUAUGCAGUAAUUUUGGAGAGCAUGAGACUUAAAAUGGUGAGGAGACACAAUUAUUAUGAACUUACGGAGGUCCCCAUGUCAAUGUUUUGGCAGAUUCCACCAUAUUUUAUCAUAGGUUGUGCUGAGGUGUUCACUUUCAUUGGUCAGUUAGAGUUCUUCUAUGAGCAAGCCCCUGAUGCCAUGAGGAGCACGUGUUCUGCUCUCCAACUCCUCACUGUUGCAUUUGGAUCGUACUUGAGCUCUUUGCUUAUAACAAUUGUGACAAAUGUCACUACUAGGAAUGGUAAUCCUGGAUGGUUACCUGAUAAACUGAACUAUGGUCACCUUGAUUAUUUCUUCUUGCUAUUGACAGUGUUAAGUGCACUGAAUUUUGUUGCGUUCCUUAUGGUGUCAAAGUUGUAUACGUAUAAAAAAUCAGUUGGAACUCUUCGCUGAAAACUUGAUUAAUUUGUACAAAGGUUGUUCAAAUUAUGCAGUUUCAAUAUGCCUUUUGCCUUGUUAGGUAAGUGUUAUUUUCUGGUGCAUGCAACUAGGUGGAGCUGCACAUUAGAAAGUUUUCUUCCCUAUUAUCUGUUUUCCACCUUGUGUUACACCAUCAACUAUGCUCAAAAUCAAUAUAUGAAGUUCUUAUUAUUGUUACAAUAUGUAUAUAUAUACCCCUUCUCCCCUUCUUUGUAAUAUACACAAUAAUAUUACUCAAUACACAUAUUACUUUUCUCCUUUUUC